AUGUCUGAUAUUGCUCCCAACAACCCUACCAUUGACGACGCGUUCAACGCUGUUGUCGUUGACGGAACUGUUCAAGCCAAUGUCGCCCCUGUUAUCGAACAUCCUAACGUUGCGAACGAAAACCCUGUCUUUCCCAUUGUUGUUAACCAUUAUGACAAUCUUCUUGCCAUGACCGGAAUGAACAUUGGUACCCGCAAGGCUCUCGUGUCGGAAGGGUUUGGCUCUAUGUCCUCUUUGGUCCGCUUGACCACUAAGGACCUUGACUCCCUUGUCGAUAUGAUGAACAAGCAACACCGUGGAAAAUCCUUCAAGAGCACUUAUCCCCCUGGAACGGCUGAUAACGAGAAGGAGAUCCAUAUUGGCUUUAACUCUAAGUCAACUCUUUCGGUUAUCAUCCACUGGGCUGAACGUUUGAAACGUCUUGGAAAAGAGGUUCGUGCUGAGGACUACACGAGUGAAGUUGAUCAGCUUGCCCGCGACCGCAUGGAAGAGGAAAAGGAAAUCCGCGAGGUGGCCAAGACCCAGACACCGGUCAAGCCUACUCCCCUCAAGGACAUGACCAAAUGGCGUUCUUUCUUCGAGAAUUGGAACCAGUACAUGAGUUGCUGUCGCGGUCCCUCGCUGACCCCCCUCACGUAUGUUUACCGUACCCAGGAGGAGCCUGAAACUGCCCCCCUUGAAGAUUAUGACGACAUGGAUGCUUACUUGGUGGCCCAGACGAUUUUAUCGGGUCCCAAGUUUGUAAUUGACAACAAGCGAGUUUUUGAUGAAUUCAAAGAGGCAAUUACCACGACCGGCCCAGGAUGGGCUUUCAUUAAGGAGUUCAACAAGGGCAAGAACGGUCGCGCUGCUAUUUUGAAGUUGAAGGCACAGGCAGAAGGAACCCUCAACGAAUCUAUUCGUCGGGAUGAUGCAAUCAAAAUCUUGUCAACAACAACGUACAGCGGUCCUAGUCGCAAUUGGAACAUUGACACCUUGUUGCAGAAAUUCCAAUAUGCGGUCUCUGAGCUGGUCGAAAUUGACGGGGCCUCUUUACCGGAUGGCCAGCUUGUCACCUACUUGGUGCAGGCACUCAAAGAUCCCAGUUUGAGUUACGUUCGCGACACUAUUCGCACUAAUGCUACCUACCGGAACAGUUUCCACGAGGCUCAGCUUUUUGUGAAAACGUUCGUUUCUUCAUCUUCGAUCAAGACCGAAACAACGCCCCGACAGAUAAAUGAUGUUCAGACGUCCAAUGGUGGAUCUGGUGGUGGAAAAUCAGGUGGCGGUGGAAAAGGAGGAAGCAAGUCGGGCGCUAUUAAGGGCCCAGUUUUGGCUCGUAGUUAUUCUCCAGGCGAAUGGAAGAGUCUUACCAAAGAGCAGCAAGAGAAAGUGAAGUCUAUGCGUUCUAAGAAGAAGCAAGUGAGCAAACCAAGCGAAGAAAAGGAACGCAGUGUUGACAGUGUCUCGCGGGAGGAUACCGCAGGCAUUAAAGAAGAUCAUGCCAAUGAUAAGUCUCAACCAAUAGACGAUGCUGCCGGUCUUCAAUUUGGACGUGGUGCACACAAAAAAUCGGUUGGAUUUGUCAUGGAUAAAGCUUCUCCCUCUGGAAACGGAGCGAAGAAGCAGAAACUAUUUAUUGGGGAUGUCAAUUCAGGCUCGAAUCACCACAUUGGAGCUAGAUGCGAAUUGGAUUCCCAUGCGGACACAUGCGUUGCUGGGGCUAACACUAUCCUCAUUAGUGACUCGCAAAAGUCCGUUACCGUUCGACCUUUUUCGGGGGAAUACUUAGCAAUGACAAAUAUUCCUAUUGGAACGGUCGCUACGGCCUACACGGUACCAGAUGAUGGACGAGUGGUGAUUCUAAUCAUUAAUCAGGCUCUCUACUUUGGGGACCGAUUGAAGAACACACUACUCACCCCAAACCAGAUGCGAGAUUACGGUAUUGAAGUCGACGAUGCCCCUCGGCAGUAUGUUGCCGGCUCUCAACACUCCUUAUAUGUUCCUGAUUCUAACUUACGGAUUCCGCUGCAGCUGCGCGGUAUAUUCUUGUUUUUGGAAUCGCGGAAACCCACGCAACAGGAAAUGGACGAGUGUGAGCAUAUUGUACUCACCUCCGAUGCGCCGUGGGAGCCAUGCUCGGUUGAAUUUGCCAAUCGAGAGCAAGAGGCCGUCAGAAGUGACCGUCGCGUAUCUUUGGUGGACUCUGGGGGAAAUUCCACUGGCCAGGUGCAUUACAUAGCAUACCCGAGUGACACUCGGACUGUUGCAGCUGCCCAACGAGUACUCGAAACAUUUCGGUCCCUAACCGAAAUUGAAUUUUGUGAGACCAAAUUGGUGGACCGCUUAAUUGCUUGCGUUAAUGUCGCUUCGGACGACCACUGUGGAGACGGGUUGGACGGACGUGCUGAUCCGGACGUAUACCCAGCUUCAGACGACUUCAUAAGAGUUGUCUCCGGUAUGACUCAGUGGCAGAAUCGAGCUGAGGGGGAAAUCCGAGAGAUUAAGAAAUCUGUUCGCCACCGUUUACAAGCAUCCCGAGCACCAAAACGACUUUGGUGCUUCUGUACGGAAUGGGUGUCGGCCGUCCGACGGUUGACAGCCCUUAGCCUGCCUGCUUUGAACGGCCGCGUCGCAACGGAACUUCUGGAGGGGGAGACCCCAGACAUUUCAGAAUACGCACAAUUUGACUGGUAUGAACCAGUAUGGUUCAUUGAUCCGACCUCUUCUUUCCCGGAACCUAAGCGAAAGCUUGGUCGUUGGAUUGGGGUUGCAUCGGAUGUGGGGCAGGCCAUGACCUUUUGGAUUUUACCAAAGUCCUGCUCCCCAAUUGCGCGUUCCUUGGUAGCUCGAGUUGACCCUGAUGUGUCCUGCACGGACGAGUUUAAAGCUGAUCUUGCCAUGUUAGACUUGUCCAUUGACAAUAAAAUUGGCAAUAACAAAACUGCAGAACAGAACAAAGAAAUUGACAGCUCGCUCGGCAACCUGGUGUCGGGUCCAGCUGACGAUUUAUUUGAAAAGGUAGCCAACAAAGAGUUUUAUCCGCUCGAAGAGGCUGCUGAAAAAGCCGAAGCUGAUGAUUUUACGCCCGAAUCCAUGGACGAGUACCUGACAGCUGAACUCGGAAGCGCGAUGCCGACGGAAACCCUCUGGGGACUCGGAACAGCAACCCAAUUCUAG